AUGGCCGAGCGACGAAGCUCUUUUGAUCAAGCCUCGGCUGGCUUUCGGGCCCAUUUGCCAGAUCUAUCCAGUCCGCGCUUCAUCACAGCUGCCAAACAAGACAUAUACCAAUAUGUCCAGUCAAUGCAAGACAACCGUGCUCCGCCGUGGUUGUACGACUUGACAAAGGUAUGGGAAAAGCUGUUGGAAGAGCCCUACACAGGUGUUACCAACGAUGGCAAAGUACGACCGGGUCUUUUCAAGGCCCAAGAUGAAGGUGCCAAUGUUCAGGCUGCGUUCGAAAAAGUAGGAGAACUUUUAGAAGGCUUGGAUGAUGAGAAGAGAAACAAAUUAGUGUAUCCGAUCAACGCGAGAGAAUGGCGGGCAUGGAGCAACCCAGAGUUUCUACUGAGGCCAUUUGGACUAAGGCUCGAGGAAGUGCCGGAAAGUACUGCACAGUCAAUCCUCGCCGUAGUCGAGGCGUCCUUGUCGCCAGAAGGCUACCAAAAGGCAUUAUCUGCUAUGCGCAUCAAUCAUUUCCUAGGAGAAGUCGUCAAGCUCCCCAACAUCCUGAAUAAGUACUCGUACAACUUCCUCUUGUUUGGGAUGCCCUCUGCAUCCGCAUCUUCACCAUGGGGCUGGCUCCUUUACGGCCACCACCUCGAUAUCGCAUGCUUCUUCAAGGGGCCUCAGGUCGUCAUUACUCCCUCUUUUACCGGCGCAGAACCAAACAUCAUCGAUCAAGGCGAAUGGAAAGGAACCCAGAUCCUUCAUAAGGAAGGCAAUCUCGGUUUGAAGCUGAUGCAGAGCUUGAGUGCAGAGGAGCAGCAAAUAGCUCAGGUCUUCAAGAAGAUGAGGGAUGAGGGCAUGAAGCAAGUUUACGGCAACUCCAACAACGAUGAGAGCAAGCGUGACGAACUCAUCACUGACACGUGGGGCCCAGAUGACCAGCGUCAUCGCUGUGGCGCCUUUCGAGACAACCGGGUUGUUCCUUACGAGGGUAUUUUAGUCUCUUCGCUCAACCCCACUCAACAGGACAUCAUCUUGGCCAUUUGUCACGAGUUCUUGCUUUACCAUCCAUCCAACGCCCGUGAGCUCAAGCUCAAGCAGAUCAAGCAGCAUCUUGACGAAACGUACUUUUGCUGGAUCGGUGGCUUCAGUGAUGAUGACGCGUUUUACUUCCGGAUCCAAAGCCCGGUUAUCCUCGUGGAAUUCGAUCAUCAUUCCGGAGUCUUCUUAACAAACAAGGAGCCGGCCAAGUACCAUACACAUACUAUUGUGCGGACACCUAAUGCGGGAGAUUACGGUCAGGCCAUUAGGGAUAACCAUGAAAAAUUAGAGUAG